AUGUUCCCGCCUGGCCUGAUCCACCACCGCCCUGACGCCUCAGCUCCCGGCGAUGGGGCGCCGCGCUCCGGCCCCGGCGGGCCGAGCCUUGUACUGACGGCGGACCCCAAGCCCAGGCUGCGGUGGACGGCCGACCUCCACGAGCGUUUCGUCGACGCCGUGGCCCAGCUCGGCGGACCCGAGAAAGCAACACCCAAAACUAUCUUGAGGACAAUGGGUGUUAAGGGUCUUACUCUUUUCCACUUAAAGAGCCAUCUUCAGAAAUACAGAUUAGGGAAACAAUCCGGUAAAGAGGGGUCAGAGCAAUCAAAAGAUGCAUCCUAUCUUCUAGAUGCUCAAAGUGGAAUGAGUGUGUCCCCUAGAGUUCCUGCCCAGGAGAUGAAAGAAAGCCAAGAAGUUAAAGAAGCACUGAGAGCGCAGAUGGAAGUGCAACGAAGACUGCAUGAACAAGUGGAGGUCCAAAAGCGUGUGCAGAUCAGAAUGGAAGCGCUUCAGAAGUACAUCGACAGUAUCCUAGCGAGUGCAUGCAAGAUGGUCACUGAACAGUUCGCUUCAAGUGGCUUCAGUAUCUCCGACCCUGAUCUCCCGGAGAUAUCCCCUGGAGGGAUCAUGUGUGGCCCCACGGACACAUUGAGCUCCUCAGUGUUCAACCAGCUUUCUGUUAGUUCCAUCGACUCGCACAGUCCAGGAGGCAAACCUUCUCCAUCAGGCAUGGAAGGUCCGCCAUUGCUCCUCCAGAAGUCGCCUGAGCUCAAGCGGAGGUCCUCUUGA